UCAGGGACGUUGCCGGCACAUCCCGCGGCCUCUCGAUCACUCCCCACUAUACAUAUACGCGUGUGUAUAAGCGACUCUUUACUUUUAGUGCCGUUCCCACUCCGCUUUAUAAACUAUUUAUUCAAGGUUAUCGUGACACCUGUUGUUUAUGUUAUUCAAAAGAAAGUCACCAGCAGUUAAAAUACAGGGAAAAAGAAAUGUGUUUGAAACAAUUACUGAUCAAACUAGCAGACUACUUUAGAUUACAUUAAAUUGACAGUUAGAGAUUAAAUCUGUCAAUAUGAGUGGCCACGAUAAAAUCGUGUACACAAAAUUGCUAUUGCUGUUGUUUGUUUCGGGCGCCUGGAGCAGGUCGUGGGCAAACCACCACGACACAACCACCUCGACAACUCAGACCACGCCAACAACCAGUGCACCCCCAAAGAACUUUCAUAAUGACCCCCUCAUCGUCGAAACUAAGAGCGGUUUAGUGAAGGGUUACGCCAAAACAGUAAUGGGUCGCGAAGUGCACAUUUUUACUGGAAUACCAUUCGCAAAACCACCUCUGGGUCCAUUGAGAUUCCGAAAGCCGGUACCCAUUGAUCCAUGGCAUGGAGUACUGGAAGCUACGGCUAUGCCCAACAGUUGCUAUCAGGAGAGAUACGAGUAUUUCCCUGGAUUCGAGGGCGAGGAGAUGUGGAAUCCUAAUACAAACAUAUCAGAAGACUGUUUAUAUCUCAACAUAUGGGUGCCUCAACAUUUACGUGUACGUCAUCAUCAAGAUAAGCCACUAACCGAAAGGCCGAAAGUACCAAUACUAGUAUGGAUUUACGGCGGUGGUUACAUGAGCGGCACGGCCACUCUCGACCUUUACAAAGCUGAUAUAAUGGCUUCCUCCAGUGAUGUCAUAGUGGCUUCAAUGCAAUACAGGGUUGGCGCUUUUGGAUUUUUGUACUUGAAUAAAUUCUUUUCUCCGGGCAGUGAAGAAGCUCCUGGUAACAUGGCCUUGUGGGAUCAGCAGUUGGCAAUUCGUUGGAUCAAAGACAACGCUCGUGCGUUUGGUGGAGAUCCUGAAUUGAUAACAUUGUUCGGUGAAUCGGCAGGAGGAGGUUGCGUUAGUCUGCACAUGCUUUCACCCGAAAUGAAGGGGUUGUUUAAGAGGGGCAUACUGCAAUCGGGAACUUUAAAUGCCCCUUGGAGUUGGAUGACGGGCGAACGUGCUCAAAGCAUUGGCAAAGUUUUGGUAGAUGACUGCAAUUGUAACAGUAGCCUGCUAGCUACGGAUCCGAGCCUUGUAAUGGACUGCAUGCGCGGUGUGGAUGCUAAAACAAUAUCAGUACAACAAUGGAAUUCUUACACCGGUAUAUUAGGGUUCCCCUCAGCGCCAACCGUUGAUGGUGUAUUUCUUCCGAAAGAUCCAGAUACGAUGAUAAAAGAAGGGAAUUUUCAUAAUGCUGAAGUAUUACUUGGGAGUAAUCAAGAUGAAGGCACAUAUUUCUUACUCUACGAUUUCUUGGAUUACUUCGAAAAAGACGGCCCAAGUUUUCUGCAACGAGAAAAGUUUCUUGAGAUUGUUGAUACAAUUUUCAAAGAAUUCUCGAAAAUUAAGAGAGAAGCAAUUGUUUUUCAAUAUACGGAUUGGGAAGAAAUAACCGACGGCUACUUGAACCAGAAGAUGAUCGCAGAUGUGGUGGGCGAUUACUUCUUUGUCUGUCCAACCAACUACUUCGCUGAAAUCCUCGCAGACGCUGGCGUCGAAGUCUAUUACUACUAUUUUACCCAUCGAACAAGCACCAGCCUGUGGGGUGAAUGGAUGGGCGUAAUGCACGGAGACGAGAUGGAAUACGUAUUCGGGCAUCCUCUGAACAUGUCUCUGCAGUACCACACCCGCGAGCGAGACCUGGCCACUCACAUCAUGCAGUCAUUUACUAGAUUUGCUUUAACUGGAAAGCCGCACAAGUCGGAGGAGAAGUGGCCUUUGUACUCGCGGUCGUCGCCUCAUUACUACACGUAUACAGCUGACGGUAGCAGCGGUCCAGCCGGCCCACGGGGUCCUCGUGCCUCUGCAUGCGCUUUCUGGAACGAUUUUCUCAACAAACUUAACGAGCUGGAGCACGUGCCUUGUGACGGGGCAGUGACGGGUCCCUACAGCAGCGUGGCUGGUACAACCCUGCCGAUAGUGUUGCUUACAACGCUAGCUAUUACCGCUACACUUUAAAAUAUAACGCGAAUUGAACGUGUUGAGAUUAAAUUCCCUUAACCCGUUGUCUUAGAUAAGUGACAAACGACACUAAUAAUUACUAUUGAAUCAUAAUGCUAAAAUAGCCAAAAAUAGCUCCAAGAACUGCUUCUAUUGUCGAAUUUAUCACUUAUUUAAAAUAACGGGUAAUCGCGUUUUUUUAGUAGUUUGUACUUUAACGUUAGUGAUUUUCCCUUGAUGUUUUAUAAGUUUUAUUAGAUAAGUUGCAUUGUUUAUUUGAUAGGUGAAGUGUAAAGUUUUUGGUGACAGUGUAAGAUACAGUGAGAGACUGAUAGGCAAUGACGUUUAUUAAUAACGAUUUAAAGGUUGAACCGAAAAUUUGGUGUACUAAUACGUAUGGAGUGAAAUUUGACAUUUGUCGCUAAUGAAUUGGGUUGAACUCCCACGUUUUUUUUUAAAUAUGGUUUUCAAAUAUAGAAAUGCUUUUUAUGUAUUAAAGGUAAAAAGCUGUUAUACAUAACUGUUAUUUGUACCUAAUAAAAAUUGCUUUCUCUAUGUUCCUAUACGUAAUUUUAUAGAAGUCCUUAUUUUUUACCUAAUCCUCUUAAAACUGUCUUCGUAUUUUCCGGACGUUAUUUAUAUUGUAAUAUCUGAUUUUGUUUAAUUAAUACGUCUAUCGAUUUUAUGUAUUAGAACAUUAUAUGUUGAGAAUUUGAUGUGUAGUUUUUGUGUAAUUAGACAAAUUUGUAGGUCGGCUUCGUUCGAUACAGCGUCGCCUGACGUCAGUUGACUUGAAUCACAAUACAUAUCAAUGUGUGCCUCUGCUUAUAGCAAACGAUACAUAUCUUUAACGUAGUGACUAGAAUUAUAUAUUAUAACGGAAAUAUUUUAGAAUCUAGGGAAUUUUUACCAAUAUAUGUACAUUAUGACUGUUUGUGAUUAGGGCGCUAUAUCGUACCACUUGAAAUUCUUAUGAAAUCCACAUUCUUAUGACUAUAAUCAAAAUAUAGUAUUAUAUAUUUUGUAAAUAAUCCCUUCUUAUGAAUAGUUCACGAUAUUUUGAACACUAAAUAGGAUUUUUCUAUGUAUGUAAAAGCAGUGUUAGGAGUAUUUAAUAGCAACGUAAGGAUUUUCGACUAAUUUAUAUAUGUAUAGAUGGAAACACUUAUGUGCACUGAAAUGGCAAAUUAUGAAUUUAUUUUAAUUACCCCAAUAUAUUGUAAAAUAUGCAUUACAAAAAUAUCAAUACAAGUUGCUGCAAGGAUUUUGCUUUAGGUGAAAAUCAAUUUAUGAAUAUAAAAAAUGUUACAUGCAAAGUAUAUAAAUAAUAAGUAGCUAAUAAAGUAUGACUUUAAGUGGAAAUUAAAAACGUCUUAACUCACGUUUUUAUUCUCCGGUGACGGCACCAAGUAGGGUCCGUCUUCUGGGCGAGUAAUAGUUAGCUUUUGUUCGCGGUCACGUCGCGCCCCGCACGCGCAGUAUUAGGCUCUCUAUCACUGGAGGAAAAAACGUCAGUUGAACCGUGUUUAAUUUUCGCUCAAAGUAAUUGUUCCACGAUAGUUUAAACAAUUUAAUUAAAUAUGAUAUUGUCAAUUACUAUCCAAGUACGAUAUGACGAACAAAGAAGGUAAUUAUAGAGCUCGAAGCUAAACAAAUGAUGUAAGAUUUUAACAACCACACAAAAAAAAAAUAUUACUUGAGUAAGCAGCAGUUAAAAAAUAAUAAUUCAACAAAUUACAAUUAUUUCAAACGUUACUUAAACUGGCGAUAUUUUAGCACAAAUUAACUAAAUGGUAUUUAAAUUUCAGACUAUCGCAUAGUGCUGAGAAUGUUAGCUAUUAAAAAGUAGAUCUGCACCCACACUGGCUUCGUUGAAUUUAGCACAAUUUAAGAAGUUGUAUGGGAUAGCUUUAAUUAGUCUAAAGUGACAUGUAAAGAGAACAUUCGUUAAGAUAAUCCUAAUAUAAUACUUUAUUUAAAAAGCGUGUUUUCAUUGUAUUUUGUAGUUGUGAGUGCUAAGUUAGUUGCUUUGAAUUGUCUCAUUGUUGUUGAAUUAAGAUAAAAAAAAUUGUAUUUUCUGUUAU